AAUUAAAGCAGCUCGCCCAGAGCCCACGGCAGCCGGAGGCAGUGAGUUGGUGGUGGCGCUGGGUGAGAGGGAGCGAGAGACCACUCCGCUGCGGCGGGAGCGAUGCUCCGGACCCGGGUGACUGCAUCUCUCUCCCGGAGCCGCCAGUAGUGGCUGCAGAUGCACUGGCAGUGGCAUUUACAGCAUUUGGACCGCCCCCUCUGGGACUAGAUACAAACAGUGAGACAGAGAGAGCUCUUUGACAGGGAUUUACAAACUGGAGACAUCGCUUCCAUUUCGCUUAUCUAUAUAUGCGGUUGGCAAAGUAGGCGAGCACAGUUUAUAGAAAUCUGUUUACGGAUUAUCCCCUUCUCCCAGAGUAAUAAUAAAAGGAAUAACCCGCUGCUAUAGGGUCGGGAGAGACACGGAUUUGCACCGGCUUUAUUUUCCUUUUCAUUUUUGUUUGGGAAAACGUUUCCGAUCUGGAGUGUGGGGGAGAGGCGAGGCGAGGAUGGACUCCUCGUUGACGGGAUGUUGGUGUCACGGGCUGAGGGAAUCGCUGCUGUGCUUUCUGGGCAUCCUGCUGGGAUUUGGCAGCUUGGCGCUCGGCUGUCCUUCGUCCUGCAGAUGCAGCGUCAGUAGGAUCACCUGCACCGAGCCGGGCAUCGUGGCUUUUCCAGCCCUGGCGUCCGCAGCAGAGAUGGAGAACAUCACCGAAAUCUACAUUGCAAACCAACCAAGCCUGUCGGGCAUCAACGAUCACGACAUGGAACCAUACAUCAGCCUGAGAAAUCUAACUUUGGUUAAUUGUGGACUGACAUUUAUUUCACGAGAAGGAUUUCUAAAUAAUCUUCGGCUUCAGUAUAUCAACCUUGCCAACAACAGAUUUUCAAGUUUGUCAUGGAAACCCUUUCGUUAUCUGGAACUAACUCAUUUGAUCUUAACUGACAACCCAUUCCUGUGCUCCUGUGGGAUUGCGUGGAUCCAGAUAUGGCAGCAGAAGAACCUGGCCACACUAGAUGGUCAAAAUCUGACGUGUCGGGAGGAGAACGAUUUGAGGAUAACACUGUCACAAAUGAAGAUCCCAGACUGCGAGAUGCCUAAAGCUGCUGUGAAUGUUACUAAUGUAACUGUGAAUGAAGGUGGUGAAUUUGCAGUUAAAUGCAGUGCCACGGGAAGGCCGUCUCCCACGGUGGACUGGCAAAAACAUUCCCUCUACUCGUCUUUCCAGCCUACAGAAGCUUCCAGACCGUUAGUAACAUUAAAGCUGAAUAACAUUUCUCGUGGUGACAAUGGACAGCAGCUUAUGUGCAUAGCUGAGAAUAUAGUGGGAGAAUCGAAGGCUGUUGUCAAUCUGACUGUUUUCUUUCCUCCCAAGGUAAUAUUAUUGGGCGAGGCCAUCCCAGAUCAUCGUUGGUGUAUUCCUUUCAGUAUAACUGGCAAUCCUCCACCCCGAAUUCAGUGGUACCACAACAAUUAUCCCCUGAAUGAGACCGCUUUUAUACUCACUCAGAUUCACGAGGACAAUAUUAGUGAGCAACAUGGUUGCCUGCAGCUUGAUAAUCCAACCCAUCUGAACAAUGGGAACUACACUCUCUAUGUGUUCAAUGAUUUGGGAGAGGACAAAGGCACAAUCUAUGCUCAUUUCAUGCACCAUCCUCCUGGUUCAGGCAAUGAACCUAUUACAGACCCUGGAUAUUAUGAUGAAUAUGACCAGAUUAUCUUUGGUGUGAACUCAGAUAAUUCAACUGCAAUUGGUCCACCUAAUGUUACAGAAAAGACAAUGGAAGAUGGAAUUGCUGUAUAUGUUGUUGUUGGGAUUGCUGCACUGGCAUGCACUGGACUGAUACUAAUGUUAAUUAUUCUGAAGUUUGGAAAACAUUCCAAGUUUGGAAUGAAAGGUCCUUCUUCAGUAAUUAGCACUGAUGAUGAUUCAGCUAGUCCUUUGCAUCAUGUAACUAAUGGCAGCAACACUCCGUCCUCUUCAGAAGGCGGACCUGAUGCAGUUGUCAUUGGAAUGACAAAGAUCCCUGUGAUCGAAAAUCCACAGUACUUCAGGAAUUCUCACGGUUUACUCAAACCCGAUACAUUUGUUCGAAAUAUCAAACGGCACAAUAUUGUACUGAAGAGGGAGCUGGGUGAAGGCGCCUUUGGGAAAGUUUUUCUAGCUGAAUGUUAUAACCUUUGCCCAGAAGAAGAUAAGACCCUGGUGGCAGUGAAGACCUUGAAAGAAGCCAGUGACAAUGCACGAAAGGACUUCCAUCGUGAAGCAGAACUCUUGACCAACUUGCAGCAUGAGCAUAUCGUGACAUUCUAUGGCGUAUGUGUGGAGGGUGACCCACUCAUUAUGGUAUUCGAGUACAUGAAGCACGGAGAUCUCAACAAAUUUCUCAGGUCCCAUGGACCUGAUGCUGUGUUCCUUAGUGAUGGCCAGUGCAACAGAAUGGCAGAGUUGACCCAGUCACGGAUGCUACAUAUUGCCAUGCAGAUAGCUGCAGGGAUGGUGUACCUCGCAUCGCAACACUUUGUUCACCGUGACUUGGCAACUAGGAAUUGCCUGGUGGGGGAAAACUUGCUGGUGAAGAUCGGAGAUUUUGGCAUGUCUCGGGACGUGUACAGCACAGACUACUAUAGGGUUGGUGGCCACACAAUGCUCCCGAUUCGUUGGAUGCCUCCAGAAAGCAUUAUGUACAGGAAAUUCACCACUGAGAGUGACGUGUGGAGUUUGGGUGUGGUGUUAUGGGAGAUAUUUACCUAUGGAAAACAACCCUGGUACCAGCUGUCAAAUAAUGAGGUUAUCGAAUGUAUCACGCAAGGCCGUGUUCUGCAACGCCCUCGGACCUGCCCCAAAGAGGUGUACGACCUGAUGCUUGGAUGCUGGCAGCGUGAACCACACAUGAGGCUCAACAUCAAGGAAAUUCACAGUCUCCUCCAGACUUUGACAAAGGCCUCUCCAGUAUAUCUGGAUAUUCUUGGUUAAGCCUCACUUUGACAAUUGUAGGCGUGCUUGUGUGUGUGCGAAAUUGUUGCUGCAUUUCGAAGAAACGUGCUCAGAUCCCUGACAGUAUUAAUAGCAAUGAGAAGAAGUUUUAAAGAGCAAAAUGUCAAAACUUCUCCCUUUGUAGUCAAACUAUUGACUUUGACUUUUAUCAUAUUCUCUCUCAAAUUGAUCUGGCUUUUGCUCAUUUAUAACUCUGCCUAGAUGCAGGCCUUAAUCUAACCGAUUAUUUUGCUGAAGACAGUCAAAAUUCCUCACUGCAAUUAACAAUGACUCCUAAUGAUUUGCCUUUGAUUCGGAUGAAAAAAAGGGAAGAAAAGAUGACUAUGAAUCAUAAACUUUCAGCUGCAAAACAAAGAAAGGAAAUGUUCAUUCAACUACACCAAUGCUGCAGUCCAUGAGUAAAUAUUAUCUGAAAUAGAGGAAGUAUAGAGGUUUACGAGAAACAUUUUUAAUUCAGGAAAGGAAGGCAUAAUAUCAUGUUUUACUGCAUACUGGUAAUGUAAUAGACUUCAACUUUACCAAUGUACUUCUUAAACCUGUCCUUGAAACAUGGCGACAUCUAGCCACCCCAUUAUACAGAAUAUCUUUCCUGGCUCUUUGCUUUUUUUGUUCUUUUAUUUGCAUUGGAUGACAUGUCUCGCAAAGAAGCAAGUGCAAUACAACAGUUUGCUCUGAACUGGGCGUUUAGAACAAUGUGUGACUAUAAUUAUGUGAUAGCUUUAUGAGUUUCAGGCUGGAGCUCACUGUAAUAUUAAUUUCAAGGUCAAAUACUAAAAGGUGAUUGACUUUAAUAAUACAGCACUUGUAGUUGUCUAGGCAAAACAUCAGAAAAUAUACUUAUCCUAAAACAUUUUGAGCGAAAUAUAAUUGUGCAUGAUGCGAAUAUCAUACUGUAUGUACAAAUGAUCGCUCAUAUCUUGUACACAUUUUAGAUGUAGGACGUUAUCCAUAAUGGUGUUACAUAUAUUUAAUUAUAAACCCUGUUGGAGGUCAUUAGCUGCUGGACAUGGCCUUAUGCUUUUGCAGUAUGGUGAGAUGUUAGAAAUGCAGAAAAACUGAGAAACUUAUAAAGGUCAUAUAAUCCGAAAGGAGACAGUGAAAUUAAGACCUUAAGGUAGACAGAAGAGAAACUCUAAUUAACAAAUGAUAGCCGCCACAUAAAACCUAAUACUAGAUUCAUUGUGUUGUUGCUAUGGCAUUUCCAUUCUCAGCAUUCGUUGCUUGCUUCAUUUUUGUUUGCUCUGACAAUAUUCUGACAGGAGUGCACUAUAAUCUUGAGUGCAUUACAGUCAAGAUGCAUGGUUGAUGGCUCAUGCCUAGCUUGUUGGCAUAUAAAUCUCAGUUAUCAGAUGAUGUUGGGGAACCAUGGGGUAGAUUUCAUAUCUGUUUGACAAGUUCAUGCUAAAGUAAGCACCUGAUCUGUCAAAACCUAAUGUUUUCUCCUUUUUAAAACAUACUCCCUCCGUGAGGGAUCAUGGUUGUAACUUGUAACUGCAUUUGGCAACAAAGCACGGACUGCUCUUAAGAGAUGUAUGUUCUCCUGUUUUCUCUAAACCUGAGGAGAUCAGUACAGGAUACUAUUAAUGUUUUUAUUUAAUAAUUUUAUGGCCAAAUAUUUAAUAAUUUAAUGCUUUUUGCUUCAUUUUAUAUAUUUUAUUUUUCUAAAUAAUUUAAUUGCAUCAUCAUAUUAUUUUGCUAUUUGCUUCAUUACAUGUAAUCACCAAAAGUAUUUUGUUGUAUAUUUUGUGCCCUAAAUUGAAUUCUUAUCUGCCAGAGUUAAAGUACUUCAGAGAGAUAUAAAUAUGAUUUAAACAGCACUUGGAUGUGAAGAGUAACUUAAUAGAAAAUGUUGCAGAUGUUAUUGAGAUGAUCCAAUGAAUGAUGGGACAUCUGCGUACUUUCAUUAGCAAAGGCAUUAAAGGAAAUGGGACAAAAGAGGACAAAGGGAAUUGAGAGAAAGAUAGACCAUUGGAUGAUGGAACAGUCUGAGGGAUUAAAUGAACUAUUCUUGCUUCUAUAUUCCAAUAUUCCUUUGUUUCUAUGAUCUGGAAGAUGAACCUUUCAUGGACUUUUAGAUUGAUUGACAAUUAUACUAUUUAGUACAGAUGAACCAAGAACUCAGUGAGUUUUGUUGUGAGUUUCAGCUGAAUGUAUUAUAAUCUUGAAUACAGCAAGAAGGAUUCUUUUUAAGAAGGUCAAAACUGGCUAUUUGAAGUGUUGAUGCCAAUCAAGUCUAUAUUAGCUGUUAAGCUGAUAAAAUUCCAACUUUUUCUUAUACAAUGCUGAAUGUUACUUUUAGAUAUUUUUCUUUUAAGUAAUAAUCCAUGUGAACAUGAACGACAGAUGGAAUGUCCUUAAUGCAAAUAUUUACUAUUGAAGUCUCAAAAUACUUGUGGGCAUAAACUCUGACAAACGUUUGUUAUGCCACUUAAAUGAAUGAAGUAGAUAAUUUCAAUGAAUCAUUUCUCUGAAUUCCAUAAUUAAAGAAGUGUAAGAUGAUGUAGCACUGCUAUAGAUUCAUUACUGGCAGGUGCCAUGCUUUACAGUAAAUGUUUUAAACAUUUUAGAAAGGUUAAUAUACUGGGUAGCAAGAGUAGGACCAAGGUAACAAUAGAAGGUGUUUUUCUUUGAAUGGCCGUUAGUUCCACCAGCGAGCAUGGAAAAACUUAAGCAAUGAUCACAAUCCUUGUGAUCUUACGUUUUGCUUUGCAUAUUGAAUUGGAUUUGGGAGGGGGAAAGAAAGCAGGAGACAGGCACAUGAAAGAGCAUGGUGAAUAAGUAAAGAUCUCACUUAUGUUAAAGUGAGGGGCAUGGCUUUUGUUCACGCCAAAUAGAGGCCCAGUGUGAAUCAGCUUUGUCUUUCUUUAACAUGAUUUUCCAAAACUGAUGGUCAGUGGAUAUUGCAAAUUGACUCUGUGGCGGUAAAGCAUCUCUUACAGGUGGUGACAAAUCCACCCUUCAUUUUAAAUUACUUGUCAUUUCAAUAACAUUCAGAAGUUAGAGAUUUUUGUCCCCAUCUAGUUUACAAAGACAACAUGUACCUAUCUCCUAUUCCUAGAAAUGAAACUGUGACCUUACGCUUCUUGAUUUAAAUUCAGCUUGAUCUUCAAUAUUUUUUCCUCCUUUCAGUUUGGUCCAUAUACCUUUUUUUCAAUUUCUCCUUUAAAAAAAACUCUGAUGACAUUCUUGUCGUCUAUAUCUUUCCAAAAAUUGCACAGACGUUGGGAUUCGGAAACUGGGGUAGGAAUGAGAGGCUGGGAGUUGGUAGUGGACAGUCCGUUCCCAUGGUACAGAAGCUGGGCAGUGCCUAGCCAGUGGAAUAGCUCUGAGGAUCAUCCACUUCUUACAAUCAGCCUCAUCCUUGUUAUUGUUGGUAAGGAUUGGAAAUUCAGCAUAAUGUGAGCUAGUACAUUAUGUUAAUGGGCAAGGUGAUUCCACAAGAAUUAUGCAGCAACAUUUGGAACUCUGUGGAGCUGGGAACGUCACUCAUUCCACAGAAAUCACCCUACAA